AUGGACUCUGACUCUGGUGAUGAGCGAAAAGAACAUUCCCGAGCCAUCGCCGCUGCUCCCACUCCUCGUGGGCCCACUAGGGCAGAACUUGAACGGUCAAAAAUUCUUGAUGCCCUCGAAGACGCGGGUAUCGUUGUACCUGCCGGCGUGCUGCCGGUAACCAGACUUUUGACACCAGCCCAGAAGCUCCGCAAGAAAGAGCUGCGUGACGAACUCCACAGAUUAAAGUUGCUGGAGGACGAAUAUCGUGAAGAAUUCAACCGCAAGAAAGAUGAAUGGACUUCCUCGCGCAAGGAGUUGGUUGACCAACUUGCCGCUCAUGAUGAGUCAUACAAGACUGAGAUCGAGCCCGACGAGAAGAGAUCAGCUGAUGUCGAGGAUGCUGGUGUAGUUAUCCCAGAGGGGGUUUUGCCCCCGACAAGGGACCUUACCGAAGAACUUGAGCGAGAACAUAAUGAAGCCCUUCGCAUCAAGACUGAACAAUGGGAUGCCGCCCGCAAAGCUCUGGUGGACGCUUUGAAACUGCAUGACUCUGAACGCCAGGAGGAGUUCGCCCCCGACCACAAGUUAUCAAAGGAGUACGACGAGAAAAUAAAAUCUGCUGUCUCAGAAAUCAAGGGUCUCGUGUAAAAGACUGAUACCG